GAAGUCGCUACUUCCGUUGUUCUCAAACACGCGUGUUACAAAGGCAAGACUGUGGUUAACUAGUGUAUCAUACAGUUAUGGGUAAAACCAAAAAAGCUCGUAAUCGCAGUAAAUUUAAUUACAAUAAAAACAAAAAGAACCUGAAAAAGAAGAUAAGAAGAAAGGAGAAACCGCACAUAGAUUGUCCUCAGAUACGUAAUGCUUGGGAUGAACACAAAACAGUAAAGCAAAAUCUACAAGACAUGGGGCUGUCACUUGGGACGAAGGGUCUGCUUCCUAUUAAAAACAAAAAGGAAAGUAAACCAGAGGAGAAAGUUGUAUUGAAACCCUACGUUGUUGAAGCAAUGGAGGUAGAGGCCAGUCACCGUGGUGAGGACAAAACCACAUGCUCCACUGACAUGACUGAAUUUGUUCAACACAUGGUGAAGGAAUACAAUGAGGAUUAUAAGGCAAUGGCAAGGGAUGAGAAAAACUACUAUCAGGACACACCAAAGCAGAUCAAACGAAAAGUGGAAUUAUAUAAACGGUGUCAUCCUGAGGAAUAUGCUGCGUUUAUUGCGUCUCUGAAAUCUCAGAAGUCUACGUGAUGUCACAGUGAAGAAAUGGUGUCUCAAACCAUUAGUGUCACCUUAGUGUCUGUCGUGUGCUGCAAAAUGUGAGGAGUCUUAAGGAUGAGCGUAUACAUAGACCGAAAAUUUUCAAGGUUCUACUAUGGCAACAUUCUUCAAGAGUGUUAACUUGUUAAAUGUGUAUGAAUUUAGUAAUCAACUUUAGUAUUUUCCCAUGUAUAUAAGGUUUGCAUUUGUAAUAUAAGUGAAAUGCUGGCAUAAAAAAGAAGACAGUACCUGAAAAUUACAGUUUAUAAAUUCAGAUUUUUUUAAUGGAUAAGUUUAGUGUGUUUUGGCAAAUAAAUAUAUUACACAGGAGUGAAAACAACCCUCUGAUGCAACAAAAAAUCUGGAUUCAGUACAAGUGAAAUUAUCUCAAAAUAAUUGAGUUGUUUUUCUUUGUGGUUAAUA